GUAUUUCAUUUCAUUUUCGUGGAGGAGGAUGAGCGUGUUGUAUCUACUUUACUUCGUUUAAAUUUCUAAAAUUAAGUGGUGCAGUGAGUAAUACAGUGAUUGUGUAGUUCAUAUAAUUCUUUUGAAGAGUGUUUUGUGACCGUAACCAUGUUUAGCUGGUUGAGAAAAGAGGGCGAAAAGUCCGAAAGCAUAGAUAAUGUUGUGGAAGGCCUCAAAAAAAUUUACAAAACUAAACUUUUACCAUUGGAACAGCAUUAUCAGUUCCACGACUUCCAUUCUCCACAACUCGAAGAUCCAGACUUUGAUGCUAAGCCCAUGAUAUUGCUGGUUGGUCAAUAUUCAACUGGUAAAACUACAUUUAUCAAGUAUCUGUUGGAAAGAGAUUUCCCGGGCAUACGGAUCGGGCCGGAGCCGACUACAGAUAGAUUUAUAGCGGUUAUGUACGAUGAAAAAGAGGGCGUAAUACCCGGCAACGCUCUAGUAGUCGACCCGAACAAACAGUUUAGGCCACUGAGCAAAUUUGGAAAUGCCUUUCUAAAUAGGUUCCAAUGUUCUACUGUUGCGUCGCCUGUGCUGAAAGGUAUUUCAAUAGUAGAUACGCCCGGUAUACUGUCAGGCGAGAAGCAGCGAGUUGAUAGAGGAUAUGAUUUUACUGGAGUGUUGGAAUGGUUUGCUGAGCGUGUUGACCGGAUUGUUCUGUUGUUUGAUGCUCACAAACUGGACAUAUCAGACGAGUUUAGACGCAGUAUCGAAGCUUUAAGAGGGCAUGAUGAUAAGAUCCGCAUCGUCUUGAACAAAGCUGAUAUGAUUGACCAUCAGCAAUUAAUGAGAGUGUAUGGUGCUCUUAUGUGGUCUCUCGGAAAAGUCCUUCAAACACCAGAGGUGGCCCGUGUUUAUAUUGGUUCUUUUUGGGAUCAACCUCUCCGUUAUGAUGUAAACAGGAGGUUGUUUGAAGAUGAAGAGCAGGAUCUCUUCAGAGACAUGCAGUCGUUGCCACGAAAUGCUGCAUUACGUAAAUUGAAUGAUUUAAUUAAAAGAGCUCGCCUGGCUAAGGUCCAUGCAUAUAUUGUCAGUGAGUUGAGGAAAGAAAUGCCUUCAAUGUUCGGUAAGGAUGGCAAAAAGAAAGAUCUUAUCAAAAACCUAGGACAGAUCUAUGAUCGAAUUCAGAAGGAACAACAGAUUUCUCCAGGUGACUUCCCAGAUAUAAAGAAAAUGCAAGAAUCAUUAGCAAAUCAUGAUUUUACGAAAUUCCACUCGCUGAAACCGAAACUGUUAGAAAUUGUGGACAACAUGUUGGCCACAGACAUUGCCCGUCUCAUGGACAUGAUCCCGCAGGAGGAUAUCAAUGUUGUCUCUGAGCCCUUAAUAAAGGGAGGAGCGUUCGAAGGCGUAGAAGACCAGGUGUCACCGUUCGGCUACGGCAGAGGCGAGGGCGUCGACGCCGGCCACGGGGACCCCGAAUGGAUAUGCAGUAAAGAAAAACCAAAGUAUGACGAAAUCUUCCGGUCACUCAACCCUAUCGACGGCAAAGUCACAGGAGCCGCCGCCAAGACCGAGAUGGUGAAAUCGAAACUGCCCAACUCCGUUCUCGGCAAGAUUUGGAAGUUGUCAGAUAUAGACAGCGACGGGUUUUUGGAUGAUGAAGAAUUCGCGCUGGCGAUGCACCUCAUCAGGGUUAAGAUUGACGGUCACGACCUACCAUCAGAACUACCGGCGCAUCUUGUGCCGCCAAGCAAAAGGAACUGAAUUGUUAAAUAGCUAGACUCCAGAGCGACGUAAUUUAAAUGAAAAUUAAAAAGUAUAAACUGCCGCGUGAUGUGAUGCAGCUCGUUUUGUGUCUGACUUAUACGAUUGCAACUCUAUUUGAUUUUUGUUAGUUUAUUGAUUGUGCUUAUAAACAUAUAUUUUGUUCACAAAAUUUUAAUAAGAAAAAUUAAGAUAACGUUAAUUGGUUAGAAAUUAAAAAAGGAUAUUAUAAUAACAUCGCUAAGUUUUUACUAGUUCAUGGAUCUAGACUAAAGCUAGACGAUCUAUUGACCUAUUGAACAAUCAGUUACGUAUCACUUCCGUUUACAAUAUUACAAGACAUUUAAGUCACCCGUUUAUGUUUGUCAGCACGAUAACAUUAUUUCCAAUUUAAUGAUGAUUUUAUUCGUCUUAUUGCUAUAUAAUUCGUGUAAUUUUUCGACCGCUUGGUUGAUUUUUUAACUUAUAUGUCGCCAUAUAAAUGUAGCCUUUGUCAAAAAACAUCGUCAUUUAUUUGCCGAUGGUAAAGUAAUUAUAUAAAAUUUUGUUA